CCAAGGAGAAGUGUUAGGUUUGAGACAGAGAGAGAAAAAGGAUGAGCCUUGUGGUUGAUAAGAACUUGAGGGGGGAGGGAGAUAGAGAGAGAGGUGCCAAAGCAAAUUAAAAAAUUGAAGAAAAGCAAGAGAGACAUAAAUAAUCCCCUAGUCAAGUUACCAACAUAUACACAAAGUAGCAAUGUUUUCAAAGAACAAAGAACUCAAAACACUUUGAGAGUCUAAUUGAGGGACAAAAGGCAUAUCACACGCAGGCACACAGCACACAAGGCCAUAGGCACACCCAAUAUAUAUACAAAGCAGAGAGAGAAAAAGGUAGGGGAGAGUUUUUUUUGAGAGAGAAAGAGAUGGUGGGCUCAGGAGCAGCAGAUAGGAGCAAAGAAGCUGUUGGGAUGAUGGCCCUUCAUGAGGCCCUCAGAAGCGUCUGUAUCAACUCGGAGUGGACUUACUCUGUCUUCUGGACCAUCCGUCCUCGCCCAAGAGUAAGGGGAGGUAAUGGCUGCAAGGUUGGAGACGAUAACGGCAGCUUGAUGUUGAUGUGGGAAGAUGGGUUCUGCCGAGGGAGAGUUGCAGACUGUUUGGAAGAGAUUGAUGGGGAAGAUCCAAUCAGGAAAGCGUUCAGCAAAAUGUCCAUUCAGUUAUAUAAUUAUGGAGAAGGGUUAAUGGGAAAGGUUGCAUCAGAUAAGUGCCAUAAAUGGGUAUUCAAAGAACCAACAGAAUGUGAACCUAAUGUCUCCAAUUACUGGCAGAGUUCUUUUGAUGCUAUUCCUCCAGAAUGGACUGAUCAAUUUGCGUCAGGCAUUCAGACCAUUGCUGUGAUUCAAGCUGGCCAUGGCCUUCUGCAAUUGGGUUCCUGUAAAAUUAUAACUGAAGACCUGCAUUUUGUGCUUAGAAUGAGGCAAACAUUUGAAACUCUUGGGUACCAAUCUGGUUUCUAUCUCUCCCAGCUGUUUUCGUCAAAUAGGAAUACUAGCACUUCAUCCUCUAUGCCUUCACAGUUAACUCCCAUUCCAACCCGGCCUGCACCUCCCCUCUUCAAUUGGGGUCCGAGGCCGUUGCCACCAGUGACAUCAAUGCUCCCUUCACCUAAUUUCCAGAACCCAGCCAGACUUGGGUUUCCACCAGCCAAAGAUGAGACUCAUACGUUUCUCCUUCCUCAUUCAUCUGAAACCCGGAUGGAAGAAAUGAUGGGAGCAGGAGAACAUGAAAAUGACAUUAAAUGGCCUAAUGGGUUGUCUUUCAUCCAUGCUCUAACUGGACGAACUGAAGAUGCCAAGCUCUUGUUCAACCCUGAGGGCUUAGGAAGCAAAGCAGACCAGAAUCACCAUCCUCUCAUCCUUGAAGGGAAGCAUCCGAAUCAAAAUUCAGAUAAUGCUGCAAAUCCGAAUGAUUUCUUGAGUUUGGAUAGUCAUCCUGAGAACAUAAGGAGGAUGGAAAACAAGUUCAAGAUUGGCAUGACAUUAACUGCAAGAAUGGCUACAUCAUCAUCCCCAACUUCAGUUGAACAUCAUCAACACCAACCGGUGGAGUAUAGGAACUCAGAGGCAGGGAUGUACCCGGAUGUCAUGGAGACCUACUUCGAAUGAACUUAGAUGGGCUAUACAAGAAGGAGCCAAGGUUUUAGUGUUCCUUAGCUGCUAAAGUUCCUUGUGUUUGCUUUGUUGUUUUUCUUUUUCAUCUUCUGUUAGCUGUCUGAUCAUUUGUUGUAGUCUAUCCUAACAAAUGUUUCAUGAAAUGGAUUUUCUUUGAAUGUUAUCCCAAUUGGAAGUAAAAAGUAGGCUAUCAG